AAGACUUUCUUGGACACAAAAGCAACACUUGAAACUUCCACAUCCCUCAGUCCUCAGCAUUCCUGACCAGAGCAGAAGGGUCCUUCUCUUUAACAACAACAUCAGAAAAGGCUUCAUAAAAAUCGCCUCCAACAUGUUGAACCUCAACUCGCCGGACGACAACAGCAACAGGAAUUCUCUACAGGACCCGGUGCCACUGAACGUCGGUGGAGAAAUUUACACCACAACCCUGGACACUCUGACGCGCUGCCGGGACUCGAUGCUAGGUGCUAUGUUCACUGGACAAAUCCCGGUGCUGAGAGACAACAGAGGAAAUGUUUUCAUAGACCGUGACGGAAAAGUGUUCAGGUACAUUCUGAAUUACCUGCGCUCCAGCUCCCUGGACCUGCCGCAUGGCUUCUCAGAGCUGGAACUGCUUCGGAGAGAGGCAGACUUCUUCCAGAUACGGCCCCUGCUGGAGGAGAUUCGGCACUAUGAGGCAUCAGUGCCUCUCAGCCUUAGAGGAGGGCCACUAGGAGCCAUGAUUAUGGUGAAUGUUGACUCCAAGGUACGUGUUUUUAAAGUUAGACCAAUGUGCCGGUCUGAGAGUGAUACAGGUCUGUACAAGUCAUGUACAGAUAGUCUACCUGUCUUUCUAUCAAUCUUAUCUAACUCAAACUUUUUACACCGUGGAAAAUAUUAGGCUCUCCAAGUUC